AUGGCCGCAAUCCGCCAUACCGACAUACACGGUAUUCUGGCCGAGGUCCAGACACUCCUUCAGAAGAACCAAUACGUCGACAAUCACGGCCUACAGAAUCUCUCUGACACCCUGACAGCCGCUCUGGAACUCGAGCCCCGCGUUGUCCACUUCUCUUUUGCCGAACACCCGGAGGUGUUUGAUUUACGAUGGCAUUCGCCUGGAAACCUACGAGGCGGUCGCUCGGUAUAA